GAACUGGCUAAUUUGCUAAGGUUAUGGAUUUAUUUUAGGGUGCACAAUUGUUCUGAAAAAGUAUAUUAAUUGAACUUCAGAAACUUUUGGACCAUCGAGCUGGCUAAGGUUCCGCCGGUUAAGCGGGCCGCCAACGCGAACAGCUGUUCGAAUUCAGCCGCUGGUUUUGACAGCUCUGUGCGUCCACUCCGCUACUUAUCGCAAUUCAAUGGAGUGCUUAGGCUGUAUCCGGGCUUUUUUCAUUGGCGAUCCACAAAUCCCACAAUACACCAGACUGCCCCCAGUUCAUCUGGAUACUCAGUUUAUGGGCGAGAAUGCAGUAAUUGUGAAGAAUGGCCACCGUCUUUGUGGUUCCGGAGCAUCACUGGCAAAUCAUCCAAUUGCCCAAAAUAAAGCUUAUUUCGAAGUGAAGCUUCAGCAAGGUGGUACAUGGGGUGUCGGAAUCGCUACUCGAGAUGUGGACCUCAACAGCUUACCUCUAGGAAACGAUUUCAGGAGCGUGGUUCUUCGCGACGAUGGUUGUGUUGUUGGAGCUGGAACGAUCCGACAUCGACUUCCCCAGCAGGUGCAAGAAGGCGAUGUACUGGGGGUGGCUUACGACCAUAUCGACCUGCGUUUUUUUCUGAAUGGGGUUGAUCUUCAAGUUGCUAGUCUGGGCAUUAAAGCUGAAGAAGUUUAUCCUAUUGUUUAUGUUGACGGUGGAGCGGUCAUAGAAGCGGCAUUUAGUUCAUUUCAUCAUCAACCACCAGCAGGAUAUCAAAGGAUCCUUAUUGAACAGUCUUUGCUUUAAUCAAGCAUCGGAAGUAGAUGUCUUGAGUCAGACUUAACUAUAGGAUUGUUCCUAAACUUGGUCAAGAGAGGGCCGAAUUGUUCGAAUUCGUUCUUGUAAAGGACGAAUUAGCUGUCGCAGCUGUACUAGUCGUAGCAAUUAACAUCGUGAUCAUAUUAAGAGACGCCAUCUAUACCACGCAGCUUUCUGAAGUACGAGGCUUUGGAUGAGCAAGCCGGACGUGGGCACGGCCCUAUUCCUGUCAAAAAGGAGUGUGACUUGCAGCAAUUCGGCGCCGCUACUUGUUGAAAACAGACGAUACGAGCACCCUAUAGUGUUUCCACAACUUCGUUCUCUUCUAAGGCUCCGGUAACUUAUUCUCGCAUGUCCGGUAUGACAAAGUUAUGAUAGAGCUGUACAAAGCUCCUUGUAGUAAUCAGGGUUGUUUUUGGUUAUGAUAGUAAUUCUAAAAAUUUUGUUUACUUGCCAGUUCCAGCAUUAAGCGCACGCAGUGCUUCUUGUCCUUGCACGAUCUUCAGCAGGGCAGAAGUCCUGGUGAAUGAUAUAUAACGUACCCUCGCACUUUCCAUAUAAGAUAUGAGUAAUCUUGUAAUAUGAACCAAAGCUGAUCAAACGAACAUGUAUAAAUUACGUAUGUAAUGACCUUUUCAAAAAGAAAGACUCUUGGUUUUUGCCAAUAAUUUGUCUAAGUGGCUACUAUAAUAGAAUAUCUCCAGAACUAAACUGCAGUGCACCUGAUUUCUAGCUAAGUUGACUGUAAACCUUCGAAGAAAAAGCAAUUCUUUUUUCUUUUAUAUGAAUAUUAUUUUCACAUGGUGAUGAUCGCAAAAUGUUGCGAAAAAGUGCUACCUUAAUCAAAUUCAAAAACACCUGAACGAAAGCAAGCACUCAGAUAAAAUAGUGCGAUUCACUUAUACUAUUAUAUCUAAAUACUGAAUGAAAAUAGUCAUAACGUUCCUUACUAAAUGCAUUCGAGAGUCUGUAUUAAUUUUUUUGGUAUACAGUAUUAAAUCGAUGCAUAAAAAGUUAUUCAUUUUUUUGGUAUACAGUAUUAAAUCGAUGCAUAAAAAGUUAUUCAACUGGCAUAAGACAACCUUUCACGAAAAUUAUGGCAACAGAUCAUUGUGUUAUGAAUUGCAAUCUUCUGACAACUCUCCGCGAUUUUUUAAAUUUUAAUCAACAUGAAAGUGUAUAGGUCAAGUGUCGAACAAUUUUCUCUUCUUCGUCUGUCAAGAAACUCUCUUCAUCUUCCAAUGCAUUGUUACAAAUUUUAUUUUUCAGCUACCGGAAAUGGUGGUAACCCAGCAACUCGACAUCUAGAGGAAAUAUUGAUUGCAAAAAUCCCUACUUAUACUUAUUUAACGCAAUCUUAUAAAUUUUUGCAAUAGUGGCCUAUGCAACUAGGCCAUAUGCAUACAUGCAGUUGCUGAAUUUUUAAACGCUUAUAAUUCGAAGGGAACAUUAUCGUUUUUUUUUGGGAAGAUACCUUACUUGGCUUUUGAAUGAAGCGUACCUCUGCGAUACAUCGUGUUGCACUCUGUUUUACAUUUAAGUGGAGAUACGAUUUCUCCUCAUACAUCUUGCCGUUGUAGCCUCGUGUUGCUUGGUACCAAAUUGAUCAGCGGUGAGAAGCCGUGUUUCGUAGUGCUUCUGGUUCAGGUUUUCACAUAAAUAAACUCUAAAUUUUUAAUAAAUUUACGGUGUCAGACGAUAAUUAAGUCUUUAAAACCGACGUUAUGGGCCUAUUCCCGAAUUGUUUGCCGUCAUUUUCCUUCAAAGUUAUCUUCAGAUGAACUGCAUCGACUUAGAAUAAUUCAUCGGAACAAAGUGUUUCAAAUCUCCUUCGAACAAUCCUCUAAAUUACGAACUUGUUGUUGUGUGUGGCACAGAUACCCCGAACUACUUCGCUAACUUCUUGACUUUGGCAAGAAAUGAAAUAAAAUGGUGUCGAAAAUGCACAACGAAAUUAUAAUGGAUUUGUCUGUUUGUGAAUCGUGUAACUAAGUCAGCGAAUACCUGAAACGUAAUUAAUUGGGAAAAACAGCGGCUUAAAUAAAGCAGGCACAACCUAUGCUUUUAUCUAUUAUUUUGGUUUGUACUGCGUUAUAAAUUAAUCACACCAAAAAGGUUUGCGCCGACCAAGAAUGUACAUGUUGUUUCGGGCUGAUAACACUUUCGUUCAUCUAAAAUUUAGAUCAGUAUAUUCCAUUUUCUAGUAUUAUUUAUAAGACUGCACUUCCUUUGAAAACUGUAAAGGAAAAUUAAGGCAGUUCGUUGUGUUGGUUGCCUGUUCCAAUGUGCAGUGCUUUAUUGUUAGUAGCUUGUAAAUGCUCGUCCUUAUGGACAGACCACACAUUUGAACAGAGGAAUAUUUUGCUGUCAUAUAAAUUCAAUAUAAUAAUAACUUUAUUGUAACAAGAUGCACUACAAACAUCCACGUAUCACAGGCAGGAACGUUCAUUUCCAGAACUGAAACCACUCAAUCCCUUUAUGUUGUCGUGAAUUGACUGGUGACGCUUGGAAACCAGUUCAAGUAUGAGCAGGCAACACUAACUGAGGGCUUGAAUUUCCAUUAUAGCCAAAAUACACGACCUGUUCGCUUCGAGUAGCUGAUGUAAUAGGUUUUAUUGCCCUUGGCACAAGGCCUUUAAGCAAGUUGGUCGUUUUUGGUAUCCCCAACUACCUCUUUUAAAAACUAAAUAAAGAACUCAGGUAAGGUAAGAUAACCAGAGCGAGUUGGGAAGAGACCCAUUCAGUUUUUAAGGAUGUGUAGUAAAAGAAAAUCACCUUCGAGCCGAACAACGUGAAAACAAAUUGCCAGACAUAAUCAAUUUCCACAUAUACAUUGAUAUACACAAAUAUAUGUGAAUAUUAUAUACGGUGCUCUUGACUAAAUGUUUACAUAAGUCAUAAUAUAUAUGAAAUGUGUAAAAUGUGCUUUUUGUGAGUGCGUCGACAGUCAAUCUUCACCAGCACUAAUAUUGCUGCAAAAUCCCUCUAACGCUGCAAAUUCUAUAAAAACAAAAUUAUUAUUAUGUAACCUCUAUUAUUUGUUGCGCUGCGGAGUCACUUUUUGUUCAGCAUAAUUUUUGCUCUAAUGCACAUUGUAUAUAGCGUUGUGUUUAGAGCCAUAUAAAAUAAAAAGUGAAGGACUCACUACAAAAACAAAUUAUAUAAUACAUAUAUAUAUACAAAGAAAUAACAUACUUGCAUUGCUUCUGCCGCAGGAUUGUUAUUGAUAUAAAUGUAUUGCUGUAAAAGGAAUUAUGGUUAUACCAUAACCGAAACGACCUAAUUAUUAUAUAUUGCGUUAAUAGAAAAUAAAAUGAAAACGAUAUUUGAUGCUGUAUCGAUCUACUGUGAUGACCCACUCGCGGAAAAAUUUAUUUCAGAUAGUUCAUCUGUCUUCCGCUUUAUCCUUAAAUUUGUUUAGUUAUCAAUCUUGCAGUUUUUAUUGUAACUGACGGUAUCUCACAUCACAUCCAGUUUCGCCUCGUUAUUGAGACUUCUACAUUUCACCGUUAUCUAAUAUAUUUUAUUCAGCGCAUUUUUUAUUCCCGUUUCUAAUGAGGACUGUUGAGUGGGCAAUAUUUUAGGGUAUCUGUCAAUUGUCGUUUUCGUUAGUUUCUUCAUUAAUGUAUUAACCAUUAAGGAUAUUUCGUGGCGUCUUUUCUGUUGCGGUUUUUUUUUGUUGUUGUAGAUGCAUACACAAGGGUUUCACUAAGAAUAUAAAUUCAUCAAAAAAGUUUUACUUCUACUAUUGUUGCAUUAUUAUAGCGGUAUAUCAAUAGGUAAUAUUUAUAGCGUGUAUGUAUAUACCUGUAUAAAUUUAAU